AUGGGUCACCUGGGCCGGUUUUGUCUCUCCUGCCUGCUAGCUUGCUGGAUCGGCAUCUGCAAAGCCCAGGAAGCCGCCUACUUUCAAGAGAGCCCCUCGAAUCUGACCUCCUCUUUGGGCAAAGACGUCAAGCUCUUGUGUUCGGUCCUCGCCUUUGAGGAGCCCCCCGAGAUCAGCUGGCUGAGAGACGGCGCGCCCCUGGAGCUGGCCGACAGCAACCAAGUGCAGGUGCCCCUGGAAGAUGAUGAGUGGAUGACCACCAGCGUCCUGAGCAUCCCUUCCGUGCAGCUCUUGGACAUUGGGAACUACCAGUGUGUUGCCUGGGUCAAUGGCUCCGAAGUCUUCUCCGAGGAGGCCUACCUGCAGCUGGAAGGUUCAGGUCUCCCGUUUUUCACGGAGGAGCCGCAGGAUCUGGAGAUCACGGCCAAUACCCCAUUCAACCUCAGCUGCUGGGCCCACGGGCCGCCGGAACCGGUGCUGGUGAUCUGGCUGCAGGACAGCAUCCCCCUCCACUCCUUGGCGGAGCCGCUGGCCCGGACCCCUUCCGUGCUGGUUUUGCAAGGUCUGAACCACAGCGCCUCCUUCUCCUGUGAAGCCCAUAAUGCUAAAGGCGUGAGCACAUCUCGGACUGCGGCGGUGAGAGUGAUACCUGGGCGCCCACGGGCCUUAUCUCUCGUGCAUCGCACGGACCGCACCUUGGAGGUGGCGUGGGAACCAGGCCCCAGUGGUGCUUAUGCACUGGAGGUCUGUACCAUCCAGGCGGUGCGCUCGGAUGAGGACCUCAGCACGGUGUCCGACAGGGAGCUGUACAACCAGAACCUGCGCGUGCCCGCCUUCCACCACACCCUGGCCGGCCUCGCCCCGUUCACCACCUACCACGUGCGGGUGGCCUGCCGCUCCAAGGAGGGCAACUCCCCGUGGACGCACUGGGUGGCCAUGGACACUCUGGAAGGAGUGCCCGCCGGCGCCCCCGAAAGCAUCACGGCCAUCCAGAACGGCAGCUGCACCAUCAUCCAGUGGAGGAAGCCCCAGGGUAGCAUCAACGGCAUCAUCCGUGGCUACAAGCUGGUGUGCCAGAGCGGCGACCUGCCCGAGGUCGUCGUGGACGUGGGACUGACGAACGAGACAGUCUUGACACUGAAUUCGACAGUGCGCAACCUGACCGUCCGAGUCGCAGCCUACACGGGUGCCGGCGACGGUCCCUGGAGCGAGGCCAUCCUGGUGUCGUCCGCAGGUUCUGGUGAAAAUCUGCCAGAACCCCAGCCAGUAGGACUUUCUACCUCCACCUUUUCCUGGCACUGGUGGUACGUGGCGAUUGCGGUCGCCACUGCUUUUGCAGCCGCCAUCUUCAUCACCGUCUUCGUGGCACAGAUGAGGAGGAAGGAAACCCGUUAUGGGGAGGCCUUUGAGCCCAGCAUGGAGCAGGGCGAGCUCGUGGUUCACUACCGUGUCCGGAAAUCCUAUAGCCGCCGUACCACGGAAGCCACGCUAAACAGUCUGGGCAUUAGCGAGGAACUGAAAGAGAAACUCCGAGAUGUAAUGAUUGACCGCCACAAGGUGGCGCUUGGGAAAACACUCGGGGAAGGAGAAUUUGGCUCCGUCAUGGAGGGGCAGCUCAGCCAAGACGGGGCAGCGCUGAAGGUCGCCGUCAAGACCAUGAAAAUCGCCAUCUGCACGCGCAGCGAGAUGGAGGACUUCCUGAGCGAGGCCGUCUGCAUGAAGGACUUCGACCACCCCAACGUCAUGAAGCUGAUCGGAGUCUGUCUCCAGAACACGGAGAGCGAAGGGUACCCCUCCCCGGUUGUCAUCCUGCCCUUCAUGAAACACGGCGACCUGCACAGCUUCCUGCUUUACUCGAGACUCGGGGAGAGCCCCGUGUACCUGCCCACCCAGACGCUGGUCAAGUUCAUGACAGACAUUGCUAGCGGGAUGGAGUACCUCAGCAGCAAGAACUUCAUCCACCGGGACCUGGCCGCCCGGAACUGCAUGCUGAACGAGAGCAUGACGGCCUGCGUGGCGGACUUCGGCCUCUCGAAGAAGAUCUACAACGGCGACUAUUACCGGCAGGGCCGCAUCUCCAAGAUGCCGGUCAAGUGGAUUGCCAUCGAGAGCCUGGCGGAUCGCGUGUACACCAUCAAGAGUGAUGUGUGGUCCUUUGGCGUCACCAUGUGGGAGAUCGCCACACGAGGGCAGACGCCGUACCCAGGUGUGGAGAACAGUGAGAUUUACGACUACCUGCGCCAAGGCAACCGCCUGAAACAGCCAAUCGACUGCCUGGAUGGCCUGUACGAACUGAUGCUGAGCUGCUGGACUCUCAACCCACGUGACCGUCCCAGCUUUGAGAUCCUGCACCAGCAGCUGGAGAAGAUCCUGAAGGCCCUCCCACCGGCCAAGGAACCGGAGGAGAUCCUUUAUGUCAACAUGGAUGACCGGGUGGCCCCGGGGGAGGCCGAGCUGGGAGCCGUGGGGGGUUUGGGGCCUGAGGAGGGUCCAGCCAAGGAGAGCCAGUCGUUCAAGGCCGUGGUGACGGCCGCCGAGGUCCAUCAGCCCCAGGCGAUGGGCCGCUAUGUCAUGUGCCCCACCCCGCUGGAGAGCAGCCAGCUCCUGGCCGAGCCCCUCAGCUGUGCUGCGACGGAAGAAGGGGCUUGAAUGGGGUUGGGCGAGGGAGGGCAACUUACCGGGGUGGGGGGCAAGGGGGGGCAAGCCACCCUGCAGGUACUUGGGUUGGGAGGCUGCGUCCCUGACGGGCGGGGAUCCGCUGGAUGCCCCACGAGCUGAGACGCAGGGACACAGCCUCUCCGCGAUGAGCCAGCCGCUUCUUCCGUUUCAGCUGCCCUUCCCCUGCUCCGGCCCUCCUGCGUAUGGAGGGGAGUGGCCUGAUCGGUCCUGGAAGGCCUCCCGUGCCCCCCAGGCCCCUCUCUCGGUACGUGUAGCAGCCCCCCUGUUGCCUAUGUAAGGCAAAGUCAUCUUCGAGACUCCAGAAUGCCGGGACUGGAGAUGUGGACAAGUCCUUCUUAGGUUACAGGAGGGAGGUUGGCAAUGAAGCUGAUGGAGCGGAGGCUGCCCUUUUCCCCUCUCUGGAUUAAAGGGAAUUUGGCUAUUUAAUCUCCAAUCUCUCCUGCCUCCCCACCCAAAUCCGUGGUCUAAUUUU